AUGAGCCCAGGGUGCCCCCCGCGGCGGCUGCUGCUCGGGCUCUUUGUCCUGCUGAUCCCCGCCGCUUCCCAGGAGCCGGAGAACCUGAGCGCCGAGGUCAGCCUCCUGGAGCUGAUCGGAGACCCCCCGCCGGAGGAGAUCCUCAAAAUUUAUGGCCCCGACAACAACCCCGGCUAUGUCUUCGGCCCCAAUGCCAACACGGGCCAGGUGGCCCGGUACCACCUGCCGAGCCCUUUUUACCGGGACUUUUCCCUCCUGUUCCACAUCCAGCCCACCACCCCCCGGGCCGGCGUGCUCUUUGCCAUCACGGACUCCUCGCAGAGCAUCAUCUACGUGGGCGUCAAGCUUUCGGAGCUGCGGGCGGGCAAGCAGCAAAUCAUCUUCUACUACACGGAGCCGGGCUCCCCAAGCUCGUACGCGGCGGCCCUCUUCACCGUGCCCACCUUGCUCAACCAGUGGACGCGCUUUGCCAUCAGCGUGGAGGAGGAUGAAGUCGUCCUCUACCUGGACUGUGAGGAGCACGAGCGGGUCCACUUCGAGCGCUCCCCGGAUGAGAUGGAGCUGGAAGAUGGCUCCGGGCUCUUUGUUGCUCAGGCUGGAGGAGCCGACCCAGAUAAAUACCAGGGGGUGAUUGCUGAUUUGAAGCUGCAAGGGGACCCGCGGGCGGCCGAGCGCCAGUGCGAGGAAGAGGAGGACGACGCUGAGGAGGUCUCUGGCGAUUUCGGCAGCGGGGCAGAAGGUGGACACCAACCCUCGGGGAAAGUUGGGGGUGUCCCGGGGCUGGUGGAUGCCGUCCCCGUCACCUCUCCCCCCGUGGCGGCGGGCAGUGGGCCGAGGAGCGGCGGGGGAUCCCUGCAGCAAGCUGAGAGGACCAGAGCGGAGGAGACGCUGCGGGUCUCCACGGGAGGCACCGGCCCCAAAGGCGAAAAGGGGGAGAAGGGCGAACGUGGCCUGAAAGGGGACUCGGCGACCGGCAGCAUCGUGGGGACGGGCAGUGUCAAGGGUGAAAAGGGAGAGAAAGGAGAACUGGGCGUUAAGGGCAGCGCUGGAUUUGGCUACCCCGGCUCCAAAGGCCAGAAAGGGGAACCGGGCGACCCCGGAACCCCCGGAACCCUCUCACGGCACACCGAUGGCUCGGUGGUGGAGCAGGUCACCGGUCCCCCAGGGCCGCCGGGGAAGGACGGAGCCCCCGGCAGGGAUGGCGAGCCUGGCGAUCCCGGCGAGGACGGCAAACCUGGCGAUAUGGGGCCCCAGGGGUUCCCCGGGACGCCGGGGGAGCCCGGUCUGAAGGGGGAGAAGGGUGACCCAGGUGUGGGGCCGAGGGGACCCCCAGGACCACCUGGCCCCCCAGGACCACCGGGACCCUCCUCCAAGCAUGACAAGCUGACCUUCAUCGACAUGGAGGGCUCUGGCUUCGGUGGCGACCUGGAGAGCCUGCGGGGUCCGCGAGGGCCGCCCGGUCCCCCAGGGCCACCCGGUGUACCCGGUUUGCCAGGGGAGCCGGGACGGUUUGGGAUGAACCGCACGGACCUGCUGGGACCGCCGGGGCUGCCGGGCAGGGACGGGACCCCCGGACCUCCGGGGCCAGCGGGUCCUCCUGGAAGAGAUGGGGCGGCUGGGCAGCCGGGGCCCAAAGGAGAGCAGGGUGACGUGGGCGACCUCGGCCUCCCCGGUGCACCGGGACCCAAGGGCAGCAAGGGAGAAACGGGACCAGCAGGAGCCCCGGGAGAGAUGGGUUUAGCUGGCCUUCCCGGGCCCAUCGGACCCCGAGGGCAGCCAGGGCCCCCCGGUCCCCCGGGACCGCCGGGGCCGGGCUACGAGGCUGGAUUUGGUGACAUGGAGGGCUCAGGGCUGGCGUUCGCUUCUGGCUCCCCCGGACCACCCGGACCCGAAGGACCACAGGGGGUGCCGGGACUGCCAGGGGUGAAGGGGGAGGUCGGUAGCCCCGGGCAGCCCGGCUUGCCGGGACUGAAGGGAGAUGCUGGUGUGCCCGGUGUGGAUGGCCGGCCUGGCCUGGAGGGCUUCCCCGGACCCCAGGGACCCAAAGGUGACAGAGGCAGCCCCGGCGAGAAGGGCGAGCGAGGCCAAGAUGGUGUGGGGCUGCCCGCCCCCGGUCCGCCUGGUCCCCCUGGACAGGUCAUCGCUGUCUCGAGCGAAGAUAAGUCUUUGGCGGCUUUGCCCGGUCCAGAGGGCAGACCGGGUCAUGCCGGCUUCCCGGGCCCGGUGGGACCGAAAGGAGACCGGGGGUCGUCUGGUCCCCAGGGCUCCCCGGGGUUGAAGGGGGAGAAGGGGGAGCCCGGCGUCAUCAUCAGCCCCGAUGGGACCGUGGUCACUGCGAAGGUGAAAGGAGAAAAGGGGGAGCCGGGGCUGCGCGGACCGAUGGGACCCUCGGGUCCCCAGGGACGAGCAGGGAUGAAGGGAGAGAUCGGCUUUCCGGGCAGACCCGGACGUCCCGGCAUGAACGGGCUGAAGGGCGAGAAGGGUGACCCCGUGGAUGUCAGUAGUGUGCUGGGCUUGCGGGGUCCCCCGGGACCCCCAGGUCCCCCAGGGCCCCCUGGGCCACCUGGCAGCAUAGUCUACGACAGCAGCAAUACCUUCAGCGACUCGGGCCAUCCUGCGCUGCCAGCCUUCCCCGGUUUCCACCAGUUUCCAGGACAAAAGGGAGAGAAAGGCGAUCCCGGAGCCCCGGGACCCCCAGGCCACUUCCCCUACAAUCCGAGUCACUUCGGUGCCAACCUGCGGGGUGACAAGGGGGAUGCAGGUCCCAAGGGUGAGAAGGGCGAGCCAGGCAGCACCCCGCUCUAUGGUCCCAGCAUCUCUGGGCUGCCGGGGCCUCCGGGGCCCCAGGGCUACCCCGGGCUGCCGGGUCCCAAGGGGGACAGUAUCGUUGGGCCGCCGGGGCCUCCCGGACCUCAGGGCCCCCCUGGUAUUGGAUACGAGGGGCGGCAGGGCCCCCCUGGCCCUCCCGGCCCCCCUGGUCCACCCUCCUUCCCAGGUCCCCACAGACAAGCUAUCAGCAUCCCUGGACCCCCUGGACCGCCGGGACCCCCCGGACCGCCAGGCACCAGCGGGACGUCCUUGGGGCUGCGUACCCUGCCGACCUACCAGGCGAUGCUGAGCGCCGCGCACGAGCUGCCCGAGGGUGGCCUCGUCUUCCUGACCGACCGGCAAGAGCUCUACGUCCGCCUGCGUGGGGGCUUCCGACGGGUGCUGCUGGAGGAGCACACCCUGAUCCCCAGUUCGGCUCUGGACAACGAGGUGUACGACAAGCCGCCCAGCGUCCACUACACCGGCCCCCAGCCCCCCCUCCAGCCCCGCGGACCCCUCCACCCCCUCCGCAACCACAGCCCCCCGCCCACCGCCCGACCCUGGCGCGGGGACGAGGUGGUGGCCAACCAGCACCGCCUGCCCGAGCAACCCUUGCUCCACCACCAGCACGAGCUCCUCAACAGCUACUACAUCCACCGCCGGCCGGAUCCGGCCCCCGUGGCUGCCCACGUGCACCAGGACUUCCAGCCCGCCCUUCACCUGGUGGCCCUGAACACCCCGCUGAGCGGAGGCAUGCGCGGCAUCCGGGGCGCCGAUUUCCAGUGCUUCCAGCAAGCCCGGCAGGUCGGGCUGGCCGGCACCUUCCGCGCCUUCCUCUCCUCCCGCCUGCAGGACCUCUACAGCAUCGUGCGCAGGGCCGACCGCGCCGCCGUGCCCAUCGUCAACCUCCGGGACGAAGUGCUCUUCAGUAACUGGGAAGCCCUUUUCACGGGUAGCGGGGCCCCGCUGCGAGCCGGUGCCCGCAUCCUCUCCUUCGACGGCCGGGAUGUCCUGCGGGAUGCGGGAUGGCCGCAGAAGAACGUCUGGCACGGCUCGGAUGCCAAGGGCCGGCGCUUGCCCGAGAGCUACUGUGAGACAUGGCGGACGGAGGAGCGCACUGCCACCGGCCAGGCUUCCUCGCUGGGCUCCGGCAAGCUGCUGGAGCAGGUGGCCAGCAGCUGCCAGCACACCUUCGUCGUCCUCUGCAUCGAGAACAGCUUCAUGACCGCCGCCAAAAAGUGACACCUUCCCGUCCCCUGGGUACCCCGCAUCUCCCCGGGGAGGGUCGGGCCAGCCUGCACCCCGGCACCCCUGUGGUCCUCGGCCCCCCCUGCUGUGCGCCUGCCCUUGCCCCGCAGGGUUUUCUUCUCCCGCAGACCUGAAGCCAAAGAAUAUCGCCAUCGCCCCUGCCCUGGGUCGGCAGGGGCUCACAUCCCACCCGGGGCAGGGCAGCCGUGGGCUGGCUGCCUUCCUCCUCCUCUCGCUCCACUUCUCUUCUGACUCCUAAUAUUUAACCACUUCAGCUUGUGUCCCCCACCGGUUCGGAUGCUCUUUUUGGGGUGGCUGGGUGGGAGGAUGCUCAGCAGGGAGAUUUCGGUGCUGCCAUGCAGCGUGCCCUCCCGGAAAGCCUGCGGGGGGGUUCUCUGACACCCCCCCCCACCUCCAGCCCUGCGCUGUCCUUGCCAGGAGCUUGGGGUCGGACCCAAAUCCCUGCUGCUGGGGCCACAGGGUCUUCUCCCAGCAUCCAAUCCAAGCAAGGGACCGUCCCGUGGCAGUGCCGGGGCUCCCCUCCAAGAUGGUCUCCAUCCUCCCCAGGUAAGGACCAUCCCACCCAGUCCCCCAUCAUCAUCCUCACCUCCACCUCCCAGCCAGCAGCUCGUGAGCCCUGGGGCGG